AUGCAUCCUGUGGACUAUAUCAUCGUCCCGUCCUGCGGGGUAGGACUCGUGGCGGCGCUUUGCCAGUUCUUGAUCAUCAAGAAGAUCAAGCUGCAGCCGGAUGACGACUCUGAGGCUUCCGCCGACCUCAAGAAGAGGCUCAUGGCCGGUGGAGAGAAUGCGCCGGAGAAGCUGGUGCCGGAGAUCUACGACAAGAUUAUGAGCGGCGCCAAGCAGUUUCUGAGGGUGGAGUAUGCCAUCUGCACGGGCUUCUGCCUCGCCUUCUCGAUUUUGAUCUACGCGCUCGUGUCCUGGGGCACCAAGAGCAGCCUCCAGGGUCAGCUGACGGCGGGCGCCUUCUUGACAGGUGCAUUCACCUCCAUGCUCUGUGGUUUCCUUGGCAUGAUGAUCGCCACCUUCUCCAACGCCCGCACCACCCUGGCCUGUGCUCAUCAUGGCUACACCCUGGGCUUCAACACCGCCUUCCGUGGCGGCAGCGUGAUGGGCUACGCGCUGUGCUCCCUGGGUGUGUUUGUGCUGUGGGUGCUGCUGAGCUUCUACCGCACCGUCUACCCGGACGCCGACGACUGGGAGAUUUUGUUCGACUGCGCGGCGGGCUAUGGCCUGGGUGGCAGCACCGUGGCGAUGUUCGGCCGCGUCGGCGGCGGCAUCUACACCAAGGCCGCCGACGUCGGUGCGGACCUGGUGGGCAAGGUCGUUGCGGGCCUCGAUGAGGACGAUCCCAACAACCCCGCCACCAUCGCCGACAACGUGGGCGACAACGUGGGCGACAUUGCCGGCAUGGGCGCCGACCUCUUCGGCUCCUUCGCGGAGAGUACCUGUGCCGCGCUGGUCAUCGCUGCGGCAGCGGUGGAGGGCUCGCACAACACGCUGGCAGAGGCCGGAUGGGAUGCCAUGCUCUUCCCUCUGGCCAUCUCGGCUGCCGGAAUCGUGAUCUGCAUUCUCUGUGGCUUCGUGGCCACCAACAUCUCGCCCGUCAAGGAUGAGCCGGACAUCGAGCGUGUGCUGAAGGUGCAGAUGGUGCUCACCGCAGUCCUGAUGCUCCCCGUCAUCUACUACAUGGCCGUCGUCCUGCUCCCGGCAGAGUUCCGCUUGGAGGGUGUGCGCCUGACGGAGGACGGCCACCCGGCCAAGAUCACUGGCAGCCCCUUCAAGUGCUUCAUCUGCGCCACCAUGGGCUGUGUGGGUGGCCUCAUCAUUGGCUUGGUCACGGAGUACUUCACCUCCCACACCUAUGUGCCCACGCGCGAGCUGGCCAGUGCCUGCAAGUUCGGCACGGCUGUGAACAUCAUCCAAGGCCUGGCCCUGGGCUACAAGAGCUGCAUCGUCCCCGUCUUCGUGCUGUCCUCGGCCAUCUACGUGUCCUUCCAGCUCUGCGACCUCUACGGCAUCGCCUUGGCCGCCCUGGGCAUGCUCGCCACGCUUGCCUGCGGCCUGACCAUCGACGGCUUCGGCCCCAUCUCGGACAACGCCGGCGGCAUCGCGGAGAUGGCGCUCUUCGGCCCCGAGGUGCGCCGCCGCACAGACGCCCUGGACGCCGCCGGCAACACCACAGCCGCCAUCGGCAAGGGCUUCGCCAUCGGCUCCGCCGCCCUCGUGUCCCUGGCCCUCUACGGCGCCUUCGUCGUGCGCCUCCGUGUGAAGACGGGCGUCAACAUCCUGGAGCCCGUCACCUUUGCCUUCCUCAUCAUCGGCUGCAUGGUCCCCUACUGGUUCGCCGCGCUGACCAUGAAGUCCGUCGGCAAGGCGGCGGGCGAGAUGGUCGCCGAGGUGAAGAGGCAGUUCAGCGUGAAGGACUCCAAGGGAAAGACCCUCCUCGACGGCAGCGAUGAGCUGAAGCCCGACUCGCUCACCUGCAUCCACAUCUCGACGGAGGCCUCGCUGUACGAGAUGGUGGCUCCUGCCUGCCUAGUGAUCCUCUCCCCCUUGCUGGCGGGAACUUUCUUCGGUGUGCAGGCAGUCUUCGGGCUCCUCACGGGCUCCCUGGGCUCAUCGGUGCAGCUGGCCAUCUCCAUGUCCAACUCGGGCGGCGCCUGGGACAACUGCAAGAAGUUCAUCAAGAACGGCUUCUCCGAUGAUCCGGAGCUUCGCUACACGAAGAACCCCCGCACCCCGGACGAGAUCAAGGCGGCGCCCAAGGCCAAGGAGGCCCAUGACGCGGCUGUGCAGGGCGACACCGUCGGGGAUCCCUUCAAGGACACCUCCGGACCGGCACUGAACAUCGUCAUGAAGCUGCAGGCCAUCGUGUCCCUGGUCUUCGCUGCCUACUUCGCCGCCAUCAACAACGGCCACGGCUUCCUGGGACAGGCGGCCCUGUGA